AUGUACGAACGCAUCCUGGACCUACUCCCUCGUCAGGCAUCAGGCAACAUAACCUGUCCGGCGACUCCGAAUCCGAUGCCAAAAGCAGCAGCGUUCCCGUCUCAGAAGACCAUGCCUGAUCCGUUUCUGUACCUCGACGGCAAAACCCGUGUUAAGAGCAAGGAGGAAUGGUAUCAAUGCCGGCAACCAGAGAUACUAAAGGUCCUGCAAGAAUAUCAAUACGGAUACUAUCCGGAUCAUUCACUUGAGACUGUCACGGCAACGAGGAGUGGUAAUAAGCUGGACGUCACUGUGGCGGCAGGAGGGAAGACGGCUACGAUAUCGGCGACAUUGAACUUACCCUCUGGCAGUGGGCCGUUCCCUGUGGUCGUUGCUAUCGGUGGAAUCGACAACAAGGUUUACACGAACGCCGGCAUUGCCGUGGUAACGUUUGACUAUUCCCGUGUUGCAGCUGACAGGAAUUCGAAAACCGGCGCGUUUUGGACGCUUUACGACGGGAGAGACAUUGGUGUCCUCACUGCCUGGGCAUGGGGCUUCCAUCGUGUGCUCGACGGCAUCCAACUCAAAGUCCCAGAGAUUGACGCCAAGAAGUCCGGUGUCACUGGGUGCUCGAGACUUGGAAAGGCGGCUUUGGCCGCUGGAUUGUUUGAUAAGCGCAUCACGGUGACGAUGCCCAUGUGUUCGGGCAUCCAAGGUGCAGGGCCUUAUCGAUACAGUCUUUCAGGCCAGGGCGAGAAUUUGGAGAAUUCGGCACGAGCGGGUUGGUGGACCUCCUCUGGGAUAUCGCAAUUCGUCGGGAAGUCCACUAAGCUCCCCUUUGACGCCCACACCAUAGUGGCUGCCAUCGCACCUCGUGCUGUCAUCUUGGAAGGCAACUCCGGCGAUCAAUUUACGGAUACCAAGGGCACCGCCACCAUCACCUUCCCCGCCGCGAAAUCAGUGUAUAACUGGUUAGGUGUUGGAGAUCAGCUGGGUAUGGCAAUCCCAAGUGGUGGCCAUUGCGCCAUGAACGCCUACUCGGAUGUACUGCCUUUCGUACAGAAGGUUCUCCAGGGAAAGCAAACAAGCAGGAAUUUCGAUGAUCUGGGAAGCUGGAAGGCAAUGACAGAGGCAUAUCCUUGGGCAGCCGAUCUGCCUAAAGGGCAAUAG